AUGCCUCUCCACUGUAUUGAAAAUGUUUUGAGGCAUGCACCUUUAUUGCAAGCUAUUGAGCUUCAAUGGAGAACUGAUGUUGAAAUUAUUAUCAAGGAACUAAUCAGCAAUUGUGAGGAUAUACUCCUAGUUAACAUGGUAUGUUGUGGGAAAGUGAAAGGGGAAACUAUAGACUCUUUAUUUCAAUGCUAUCCAUUCCUUGAACAUCUGAGCUUAGAUAAAUGCUGGACGGUUGAAGAUGGUUGUUAUGAUGUGAUUCAUAAAUUUACAAACUUGAAGAGUAUGAACAUUUCUCACAGCAGACAUUUUAGUGGGAGCAUGUUGCAACAAGUUGUAAAUUGUUGCCCUUCCUUAGUGCAUAUAAAUAUUGAUUAUAUUCGGGGUAUUUCUGACAAUGAUUUGUUAUACCUGAUUGAAUUGAAGAAACAUGACUUGUUGACAUUAAUACUCUUUGGAGAAUCCCUGACUGAUGCUUCAAUUUGCUCUUUAGAGAAGUGUAAAAGACUGAAGAAAUUGCACCUGAGCAGAUGCCACCUAAUGACUAAUAAAGGCUUAAAAAGUAUUGGAAGACUGACUCACCUUCGAUCUUUGAAGUUGAGAUUUGGAAUAAAUUUGAGACCCAAAGAUUUACUUACUUUUUUAUUUUCCAAGGCAGUAAGUGAGCUGGAGUAUUUGUGUUUAUCUCGUUCAGAAAGUUUCACUGAUGAAGCAGCAACUGCUGUGGCAGAGAAUUGCAAAAAAUUGAUACAAUUGGAUGUUGUUCAUUGUCCAAAUCUAACAGAAGCAGGGCGUCAGAUCCUUUUAACAAACUGUGAACAACUUAAGAGAUUGAACUUUUCAGAAAGUAGUUUAAUUGCAAGUGAAAUGAUCAUUGCACGCUAA